ACUCACUUUAACCUUUCAUUUUGUCGUUUGAGAAACAAACAAAAGUGCACAGAGACGCAUGAAAUAAAUAGCUAGUCUUGUGUAACUCUCAUUUUUCUUCUUUUUCUACUGGCGGAGAGAACAAGAAAUAAAAUAGAGAAUGUAACGUAGGAUUCAUGAGAGUCCAAGGCUCCAUAUCUUACAAUCCAGCUAGUUGUACUUUGGUUUGGUACACCUCAUCCCCCCACUGCCGAGAGAGAAGCAGAGAAGGAGAAAGUGAUGAGUACUACUCCGGCGUCGGCCGCCAGUUCCCAAACCCCUCACGCCGUCUGCAUCCCUUACCCAGCACAAGGCCACAUAAACCCCAUGCUUAAACUCGCCAAACUCCUCUACUCCCGCGGCUUCCACAUCACCUUCGUCAACACCGAGUACAACCACCGCCGCCUCCUCAAGUCCCGACGCGGCGGCGCAGCGGCAUCUCUUUUCCAUUCCCUCCCGCCGGGCUUCAACUUCCAGACGAUCCCCGACGGCCUCCAUCAGCCAACCGACGACGACGGCGCCGUGGAUGCCACCCAAGACAUCCCUUCUCUGUGCGACUCUACCUCCAAGCACUGCUUGGCGCCGUUUCGAGACCUCGUUCUGAGGCUAAACGGCGUCAGUUGCAUCGUGUCGGAUGGUUCGAUGAGCUUCACUCUCGAUGUGGCUAAGGAGCUCGGGAUCCCCGACGCGCUCUUCUUGACGCCCAGCGCGUGCGGGAUCUUGACCCACGCCCAUUUCCACCUGCUUGCAGAGAAAGGCUUGGUCCCUCUCAAAGAUUCGAGUUACUUGACCAACGGGUAUCUGGACGAGACAUCCAUCGACUUCAUUCCAGGACUGAACAAGAACAUCCGCAUGAAACAUCUCCCUUCCUUCGUCCGAACCACAAACCCUAACGACGUCAUGUUCAACUACAUCCAGAGAGAGGUCUCGCGAGUCCCCGAGGGAUCCGCCCUCCUUCUCAACACAUUCGACGCUCUGGACCAGCAAAUCCUCGCCGCUCUCUCCCCGGUGAUCUCCCCAAACAUUCUCACCAUCGGGCCUCUCAACCUACUCCUUCACCGGAUCAAAGGGCACGACGAGUUGAAGGAAGUCAACACAAAUCUAUGGACCGAGGACACCGAGUGCAUCCAAUGGCUGGACUCCCAAGACCCCAACUCCGUUUUGUACGUCAACUUCGGGAGCAUCACAGUGAUGACACCACAACAAUUGAGCGAGUUCGCGUGGGGGCUUGCAAGAAGUGGAAAGCCCUUCUUGUGGGUGAUUCGGCCCGACCUUGUUGGGUCCGAUGAUGAUCUGCCGUUGGAGUUCGUGGAGGAGACAAAGGACAGAGGGAUGCUGGCCGGGUGGUGCUGUCAGGAGGAGAUCCUGAGCCAUGGUGCGGUUGGUGGGUUCUUGAGCCACAUGGGUUGGAACUCGACGGUGGAGAGCUUGUCGUACGGUGUGCCGAUGUUGUGCUGGCCCUUCUUCUCCGAGCAGCUGACCACUUCCUUCUAUGCCUGCAACGAGUGGGGAGUCGGGAUGGAGCUGGAUCCGGAGGUGAGGAGGGAGGAAGUGGAAGGGUUGGUGAGGGAGUUGAUGGGCGGGGAGAAGGGGAAGGAAAUGAAGAGGAGGGCUAUGGAGUGGAAAAACAAGGCAGAGGAGGCGACUAGGGUUGGUGGUUCGUCGUUUCAGAAUAUGGAGAGAUUGAUUGAGUUGUUGUUGAGUAACAAAAUGAGUUGAGUUGAGUUAAGGUUCUUCAAUUUUCUGGAGCCUUUUUUGCCCCUUUUUAUUUUAGUUAGUCUCUAGUUUGCUUAUGUCAAAGGGCACUCAAAUUAAACUAGCUAAAUGUUUCGAUGAUGAAUUGCAUCAAAUUGUAGCAGGUCUUAAAGUAUUAGUAAGUUUGAGGUACCAUGUCUUAAAUCAUCAGCAAUAAACAUUUUACCAAGUUAAUUAAGUGUGUUUAAAAAUCUUCAUCUUGUAUUCUUAUUUUGAUUUCAUUAAGUAAAAUACGAUAAUAUUC